CAACGCGUCGCUAACCAGCACACCUCGCAACCGCGAUGUCCAUGAGCAUCCACCGCUUCACAAUAUCUUCUAACAUCUUUGUAUGUGGUCAUCCGUGCUGUGGCAUCCUAAACGCUGACUGAGGAUUUUUCUUCGUAUCCGCUUGCGGGAUGCACUCCGGGAUUCAGAAUGAUCUGCAAGCUCCCCCAAGACGCCGAAACCUCCUCCUAUUGAAUUACGACCUUCUGACUUCGAUCUUGUCGAAACUCGACUCAAUGGAUGCGCUUCACCUAGGGGAAACCUGUCGCACAGCUCACGCACUCGCCCUGCCUUAUGUUCUUUCUGAAGUUGAAAUAGGCGGUCGUGGCUUGGUUGAUCACGUCCCGCCCCAAAACCAGCUAACUUCAUUCUGCGCCUACAUGCUUGCUGAUGCUGGACGUCGCAUCCCCCUCCUCAAAGGAUUGACGCUUCAUAGGGAUGCGUUCAGCCUUAAGCCCGACCCAUUGGGGUUUCUCACCGUACUCGACAACUCUGACGUCGACUAUUCUGCCGCCCUACCACUCGCCCUAAUUCUUCGGCUCAGUGUCAACAUCCGUCAGCUCUGUAUCACCGAUGCAGAGAGGCUUUUCAUCUGUGUGCCUUGGAUGGGCAAAACCAUCGCAGAACUGACCCGCCUCGACGACAUUCUAUUUCAUGAUGCACACGACCGGACUAUGCGAGUGCUCUCCCAUAUGAGGAGUCGCCCUCGUACCUUGGACAUUCAGUGGUUCACCCUUAUGCCUACCGACUCAGAUGAUGACUUUACCGAUUCAGACGACUUCACCGAUUCGGACGAUGAUUCCACCAGUUCGGAUGACAAUCCGGACAGCAGCUCCAGAGAGUCGAAGCAUCCAUUCAAAAAUAUUGCGGCUUCGACGACUACACUCACGCUCUCUGGCGUCCCCGAGCGCCUCAUCGAGUUGGGGUCGAAGACCGUUUGGCCUGCCGUUGAGGUCUUAAACCUUACUGCCGAUUAUGACAGUGUCCCUUCCAUUCUGAACUUGGCCGCCUUGGCAAGUGCGUUCCCGAACAUUCGCCGCCUCCACACGUACGACUACAGAACACGUCCUCACCAAUUCGUGGUCCCGGCGGCAACCUGCUGGCCAAGUCUCGACUUUGUUAACGCGAAUGAGCCAGUACCCCUAGGCGACCAAUUCGACAUCUUCGCUUCCAUCCCCUGUUGCGUGACAUGCACGAGCCAGUCAUGUUGCAGGCCACCCGGGACUUUCUACAUCAAUCGUCGCCAAUCAUCCUCAGCUGUGCCGCCGAGCUCAACGUGCUACAAUGUGUGGCUUCCGCUGCGCCGUCAGUCCGAUUCCUACAGGUUUUCAGUGAGCGUCCUGCUGUGUCCCGGUCGGCCGUGCCGAGCGGCGCUGACGUCGAGCACGGAGACUCGGAGAAUCUCUCAAAAACACUUUCUCCGGUGCUGGAGUCAAUGCGUCUCCGCGCCAUUACAUGGAGCGUGGAGUACGAUGCGCCGUUCGAUACACCGUCUGUGCUGGGGUACGCAAGUGACAUCGCACGAUCAAUCCCAGCCGUCCAAUACAUCGGCCUACAAAAAAACGAAAGCUCAUGGGAGCGAUUUCACUACCAGUGGUUCCGCGUAGUAUCGCGUCCGGAACGGGACCCACCCGUAUUGGAAACGUUGUCGGCCGGCGAAGCAGAUAUUCUUGAGCUUGAGCUUUUGGCGAUGCAGCGAGAUUGAAUGCGUCUCUAGUGAGUCGAUUGGCUUCUGGAGUAGAAGCUAGGCUCAAUAUCCUGCCAGGCUGACGUGCGCG